AUGGAUGAAUAUUGCAAAUUGCAGUCAGGCGAAAUAUUUCAAGAUUUCGAUUGUGUACUUAACUUUGCUGGUGAAAAGUCAGAUAGAUUUUACCAUAUUCAAGUGUUGAAAAAUCACAAAGGAUUUCAUGUUUGGACAAGAUGGGGAAGAAAUGUAUGUGGUAUAUCUCGAUACUUUAUUAAUAAAAUUAAUAUAUUCCAGACUGUAUUGUUUGCAAAACGCGCGCGGGACGGCGGGAUGUUUAAAAGCAGGGGCCAGUUGUUCAAAGCUAGGUUAGUUCAACCUUAAGUUAACCUAAAAUUCAAAGCAAACUUCCUGACAGCUUGUCUGUAAAUUGGAAAAUAUUUCUUCAGUGACCUUAUCUGGAUCAGUAGGAGUUUGCUUCUCUGAAGUUUUAAAAUAAACAAAUGUGCAGCAAUACACAAACUAAAUAGCAGGUUGAAUUUUAACCCAGGGUUAGCACUAACCCACCUUUGAACACGUAGUUACUAAAACAUGGAACGACUAGUGAUGGGCGAUUACCGAUUACUUGGUAUCAAUACCACCCGAUACCAGGCCCAAAUCGGAAGUAGUCGAUACUGCACGGUAUCGAAAAAGUGUUUUAAUUGAUUACUUUUAAAAUUAGACAUUUAUUAUAAUUCUGUAGUUGUGUCAUCGUUUUCAUGGCUAUUUCUAAUAAAAUUUAUGUGCUUUUUUGUAUUUUGCUGCAUUUACCAAUUUAAUUUACUUUAUUUGACAUUCUAUCCACUUCCCCGAUUAAUAUUCCGGACCUCCUCGACAGAAUAAAUUAUGAAAAAGGCGGGAAAUAACUUAUAAUGGCGGAAAAUUCUGAAAUACAAUCGUCGUCGUAGUAAUUGUUUGGAUAAUCGAUACCUCGAUACUUUUACAAAAAAGUAAUCGGUAUCGAAUUGAUACUGGUGGUAUCGCCCAUCACUAGGAACGACCCACAACGACAAUAGCAGGUUGAAUUUUAACCCAGGGUUAGCACUAACCCACCUUUGAACACGUAGUUACUAAAACAUGGAACGAUCCACAACGACCCACAACGACCCCACAAUGACCCCACAACGACCCACAACGAUCCACAACAACCCCACAACGACCCACAACGAUCCCAAAAUUACCUUCAGUUGCAAUUUUGCAUGACAAUAAACAAUAUAAGUUAUUGUUUGUGGAUACACCACAUAUUUUAUUAUUGCAAAGCUUUCGAUCCUAAUCCCGAUCUUCACGCGAACCGGUGGGAUUUAAAACACGGAGAAUAAAUGAGCUAGCAAGGGUUAAAUGUGAGAGCAUCGACACACACAGAUAGAGGAAUACUUUUGUUCAUAACAUUCAGGACAUGCACCACUGUACUAAUAAAUAUAUUUACUUUCAGUAUAAUAUGAAAACAAUAUGAACAAAAUGAAGCUUGCGCAGACGGCAGAACAACACGAAGACAGACGAUGUUCGUAAUGACUACAGAAUUUCUCACAUAGUGCAAAAGAAAUUAAAGAUCUGUUUUUAACGACUAAAAUAUUUGGCCGAAAAAUAUUGAUAACCAUUUGGAGUUGUACACAUCUUUUUCGUCCGACAUGUUUAAUAAUCAACACAUGUGAUCAAAAUUGGCGGGAAAUGCAAGACUUCCACUUGCGCAUGCAGAGAUUGUUGUUGGAUUGUUGUGAACUUGUGGAUUGUUGUGGCUGGUUUUUUGGUCGACGUGGCUCAUUGUGGGGUCUUGUGGGUCGUUGUGGGGUCAUUUUGGAUCGUUGUGGGUCAUUGUGGAUCGUUGUGGGGUCGUUGUGGGUCGUUGUGGGCCGUUCUAUGUUUUAGUAACUACGCUUUGAACAACCGGCCCCAGGUUUCAAAGUAGAAAUGUUGCAUCAGUAAAUUCUAAAUUUUGAAAGAUUUGUUAGAAAUGUUUGAGUGAAAUGACUCAUUAGCCCUGUUUACACUAUACGCUCAAUUUUUGGUACCGUACCACUUUUUUGGUUCUUGGACUACCUAUUUACCGUACCACUUUUUUGGUUCUUGGACUACCUAUUAAGUGAUACGGGUACCAAUUUUAUCCGUGCCGUACCAAAAAUUGAGCGUAGUGUAAACAGGGCUUCAGUGUUUAACACGGUUUUCAUUUGUUUCCAUCUACCAAGGGGGGGGCUCAAGGGUAUUUUUGUGACUCGUGAUUAGCAAUUAUUCGUGAUUUAAAGAAAUGCCAUUCCGUGAAUCAUGACUAAUAUGCGUGCCCUGAAUCGUGAAGAGCUAAAAGGCUAGCUAGGGUCUUGAAUUUACCAAUAUUUUACCAUAACUUGUGAAUGUUUACAUUUAAAACUCGGCCCAAAUUUAAUAUUAUGGGGGGAAAAUGAAUAAAUUUGGUUCCCGCGGUUGUCUUUCUUGAGGUUUCUUCGUUUCAUCAGUAAACGUUUUUAUCGUGUACCUUCGUGCCUCUUCAUAAACUUUGGUGAACCAUCGUAGGACGCUCGUAAUGUUUUGUAAUACCUCGCAAUGAUUUCCAUCAAAACUCCAGUGAAGACCCUGUCAUUCUGUCUGAGGGUGUAUAAAUAUGAGCCCAGCUUGGAAUUCUUCAGGGGUAAGGGGUUUUUAGCUUGGAAUUUUGGAAUUCUUCAGUUGUAGAAGGUUUUGAGCUUGGAAUUCUUCAGGGGUAUAACCAUGAAAAACAUGUAUCCUCGACAGGGGGGGGGACGGAUAUUAAAUGGAAUAGCCCAUUUGUGAGAUUUGGCCUUGCGCUAGGUGGGAUCUCAGUCCAGUGGGAUGGACAUCUCUUGCCAACUUUGAGCUAUAAUGUAGUGUUGAAUAGCAUAAUUGGAAAAUAUGUGAAACAAAAAAUAAACAUUAACUUUUUCAGUGCCAGUGCUCCCCCCUUGAACAGAAGAAACCGUCAGGCAUUUGACAGAGUAAAACUAAAUAAAGUGGGGCUCAUUAGGGUGCAGUGCAUCUUAAUGGUAAUAGACCUAAAUAGAUACUGUUAAAGUUGUAAUACAAGGACAAGGUGCUUUUUGUUUGGAUUACAACAAAAUACAUUUCAUAGAUGCCAUGUUUACAUAAUUUUGUCCCAUUUCGUAUAAACACAGAAUAGAACAGAACUCAUAUUAUGAUGAACAGGCCCUAAAAUACAAGCAAAAAGUGAAACAAAACAGUUAAGAGUGUUUUAAUAUUCCCUCAUGACCAAACCUUUGUCUACCAGAUGAAAUAAUUUUUCAAAUUGUAGUGUCUGAAAAUGCUAAUAAUCAAGCCCCAGAGGCUCAAACUACAUGUUUUGGGGUGUACCCCCUACCAGUUGCAGGGUUUGUACAAAUUAAACUUGAAACUCCUUGAAUUUGAAAACAAAAAUUCAAGGCUUUGAGAAAGUCCUUGAAUUUAUAAGGAAGUGCUUUAAAGUCCUUAAAUUAUUCAUGCUUUAAUUUAGUUUCUGGAUAUUUUCUGAAAUUAUUAGACAUAAAAAAACGGACAUUUUGUUAAAAAUAUUUUGUUCAUGUCUUACAAACUGUUUUGCAUUAAAGUUACCAUUUGAACAGUUUAAUGUCACUUUUUACUGAAUUCUACACCUUCUUCCAUUCCUUUUAAUAGUCCUUGGAUUCAGGAGCGUAGCUAGAGGGUGUGUGGGAGAUGUAACACCCCCAUUCACACAGACCCGGCAAUGUCUGCUAGACUCGGCAAAUUGUUUUCUGAUUUAUUGGCAAAUUGUUUUCGUAGUCUGCGAAAAUGUUUGAGUGGUACGGAAUAAAAAGUAUGUACUAUUUAACACAUGAGCAGCAGUGUUUUAUCAGUUAUAAAGAUACGAGGCGAAGCCGCGAGUAUCUUUAGGUCUGAUAAAACACGCCCUGCGAAAGUUUUAAAUUGCUUCAAAAACGCUUCAAAAAUUGCUUCAAAGUAAUUUUCAAAAAAUACGUUGUGUAAGUCGAGAAAAUCAAAGUUAAAGUUUAUAAUAAUCAAGGGAAAUCUCUAUCACAUAUAAAGAUACCACGCUUAUGGAUUUUUCUUUGUGUUUUCCUUAUGAAUUAUUGAUGAUUUUUGAAAGUUAUAGCAAAAAUUUUGCUAAAUUUACGGGAAAAGUUAACAAAUUACGAUAUGUCCGGAAAAAUUACGAUACAUGUACGAAAAAAUUUUUGUAUGUCCGGAAAAAUUGGUGACCCCCUCCCCCCCCCCUCCUCCAAGCCGGUCUUCUUUAUUUUCUUCCAUACGGCCCUGCUUGGAUUUCCUGAUACGUGACCAAGAUUUCCCCCCCCCCCCAAUAUACAAAUUCUUAAAAGAGGCAUUGACAAAUUCUUAAACGAUAUUUUCUAGGGAACUGGUGGGCAAAGUAAACUAGAUGGUCCACUAAGCCAAGCGAAUGCUGAGAAAAACUUUAAAAAGAAAUUUCUGGAGAAAACAAAAAAUUCGUGGGAUAAACGUCUGCAAUUUGUGGCAGUGAAAGGAAAAUAUACUUUAGUUCAGAAGACUGAUUCUUCUCAGAUUAGCCAGGCCGCUGACAGUCAG